AAUACGAUGAUUUCUUCUUCCACUGCUUGGGCAUGGACGUCUUUGGCAGGAGUUGCUGGAGUUUUCUGGCUUGCGGCGCUCGUCUACUGGAGGUCAUGGCGAUUCCGAAAGCUCCAGAGGCUCCCGCCCGGGAGCAUGGGAUGGCCGCUCAUUGGCGAGCUGGUGCCAUACGUGACAAUUGUUCGAUCCGAGACUCCAUUUCGCUUCACAAGAGAAAGAGAGAGCAAGUAUGGACCAGUGUUCAAGACGAGCUUGCUGACGGGCAAGACUGUCAUGAUCACUGAUGUGGAGGGUGUCAAGUUUGUUCUCCACAACGAGGGUGUUCUCUUCGAGACGGGCUAUCCCCGAUCGCUCAAGGAUGUCCUGGGCGAGCACGCGAUGCUCUUCCAGCACGGUGACUUGCAAAAGAGAAUGCACGCCAUGCUAAAGAGGUUUGUGAGCUCCACGCCCCUCAAGAAGCAUCUCACGCGAGAGAUGGAGCUCCUUACCAUGCAAGGGAUGAGUACGUGGAGCAGAGGCCAAAGGAUUCUUCUCCAGGACGAGAUCCAAAGGAUCACCCACGACUUUUUGAUGAAGCAAUUGUUUGGAUUGGAGCCCGGCAAGCUUUCCACAACCAUAUUGAAAGAGUUCCACACUCUCAUGGCGGGGAUCAUUGGUAUUCCUAUGAUGAUUCCAGGAACUCCAUACUUUAAAGCAAUGAAGGCAAGAGAGAAGCUGUCCAAGAUUAUAAUGGAUAUGGUAGCUACUCGAAGGGCCAAGCCAGACAUAGAACACAAGGACAUCCUCAACGCAUUGAUCGAAGAAGUGAAACAAGAAGAUGGAGAUAUGGAGAAGAUUAUAAUUGACAAUGUUCUGGUCAACAUUGCAAAUGCAGAGAAUGUUCCGGCAGUCGUCAUUGCUUUGGCUGUGAAAAACUUAUCAGAAACUCCCAAAGCACUCGAGCAAAUCAGAGAAGAGAACCUUGCAAUCAGGAAGGGGAAAGAUCCAAGCGAAGGCCUUUCUUGGAAUGAAUACAUGUCUUUAGAGUUCACCCAAGCUGUUUUUAACGAGACACUUCGCCUUGCCAAUGGAGCUCAAGGAGUAAUGCGGAAAGCCCUCAAAGACGUGGAAUACAGAGGUUACAUAAUUCCCAAGGGCUGGACAGUGCUUCCUUAUUUUCUCAACAUCCACUUUGAUGAAAAUAUGUUUCCAAAUUCAGCCAAGUUCCACCCAUGGCGCUGGCUAGAGAAAAACAUUCCACCAAGUUAUGUGCUUCCUUUUGGUGGUGGAUCUAGAUUGUGUCCAGGCCAAGAGCUUGCUAAAGUCCAGACUGCAGUGUUUCUUCACCAUUUGGUCACCCAGUUCAAAUGGGAUGCAGAGCCAGAAAAGGUGAUCAACUUUCCCAUGAUCAGCACUAGAAACCAUGUCCCAGUUGUGCUGUAUGAUCUAAACUAAUCAGCCAUUGGGCCAUAUAAAUGUAUGAAUAUUGGUUUGCUUUUUUUUCUGAAUUAUUUUAAGAAUAAAAAACUAAUAAAUAAAAAAUAAUAUAUUCAAUAA